UCCUCUGUUUUUUUUUUCUUUAAAAUAAAAACCCAAAAAAUUCUCUAAAAAAUUUCCCCAAUUAAUCCCCAAUUUUCCAAUUUCUGCCAUGUCAGCCGCCGUCGCCGCCGCCGCCGCCGCCGCUCUGACCCGCCGCAGUUCCACCACCACCACCACCACCAAUGGAUCUGUCCCCGACGGCUUCUACUUCGGGCAUCCCCGCCAGUUCUGCCCUGUCCGGCCGCCGCCAUUGAUGAGCCGCUACGAGUCCCAGAAGCGGCGCGACUGGAACAACUUCCGGCAGUACCUCCGCAACCGCUGGCCGGCGCUGAGCCUCGCCCGCUGCAGCGGCGAGAAUGUCGUCGAGUUCCUCUCCUACCUCGACGACUUCGGGCAGACCAAAUUCCACGCCGCCCCCUGCCCCAACUUCGGCCGCCGCUACCCGACCGCCGACCCCGAUGGCUGCCCCUGCCCGGCCCGCCAGCCCUGGACAAGCCUCGACGCCCUCAUCCGCCGCCUCCGCGUCGCCUUCGAGGAGAACGGCGGCAACCCGGCCACCAACCCAUUCAACGCCGUCCACGUCAAAGUUUACCUCAACGGAGUUAAGGACUCUCAAGAUAAAUCCAGAGGAAUUGAUCGGUGAAAUAAAUGGCGAUGAUCGUCAAAAUUAAUCCCGAUUUCUUUUUUUCUUUCUGCUGCUACUGCUUCGCCCAUCGAGCUCCGGUGGCUAUGGAGGUUUCCGAUCUUGAAAAAACUAACCGCGGAAAUGAAAUUACCUCGACUAUGUGAAAAUUAUUUUCUUUUUUUUUUUUUUUUUGCCUGCAUAGGCGAUUAGAUGAUUGGAUUUUCGAGGGAAAUUUGACUGAUGACAUGGUUAUUUUGGGGUUCUUUGUACAGAGAAUCAUUUUUUUUUAAUGUAAAAGUUUGGACAAAAAUGGUGGAAAUGAACUCCGGUAUAUUUAUACCUGAA